AUGAAUUUGGGAGGAGGAAACCAAUGUGGACGUUGUAAGAAGACAGUUUACUUUGCAGAGGAGGUACUCUGUGACAGUCGGCGAUUCCAUAAGUCUUGCUUCGUGUGCUUGGCAUGUGGGAAACGACUAGACAGUACAACUGUUGCUGUUCAUCUGGAUGAAAUCUAUUGCAAGGGAUGCUACAACAAGAAUUUCGGGCCAAAGGGUUACGGUUAUGGUGUGGGAGCAGGGACCCUUACCAUGGACAAGGGAGAAGGUCAGGGUAUCACACACGAAGUACCUGCUCCUCAUCGCUCAACCACCAACCCAAACCCAUCAAAGUUUGCUCAGAAAUUUGGAGGGUCAGAGAAGUGCCCUCGUUGCGGCAAGGCUGUCUACGCCGCGGAGAAAGUGAUUGGAGCUGGCAGCUCAUGGCACAAGACAGGCUGUUUUCGCUGCGCCUCGUGUGGUAAGGGACUUGAGUCAACAACACUUGCUGACAAGGAUGGAGAAAUAUACUGCAAAGGGUGUUAUGCAAAAAGCUUUGGUCCAAAGGGGUAUGGAUAUGGAAGUGGGGCCGGAGCUCUCCCACUCACUCAGUAG